ACAAACCAAACCGUACAGACUCAAAACAGUGCAAUGUUUGGCCUCUUCGGGAAAAACAAACCUGUGAAAAUUAGGAGUUGUAAUGAAAGCAUAAAGUUCGGAGUUGCAGCAAAAGAUGUGAAGGAGUUGCUUAAAAAAGGCUGCAAGUUAUUACAGUUGCCAUCUUCUGGUGCACAUGUUUGUUUGUAUGCGGAUGGGACAAAGGUGACAGAGGAAUUCUUCCCCACUCUGCCGGACAACACAGAACUUGUUCUUCUCUGCAGAGAUCAGACAUGGAGUGGAGUUGUGUGUGACAUCGGCCAGUUACUGAGCACAGACCGGCACGCCGCUGGCCUCGUUGAAGCCGCGAGAGGGCUCCUGUCUGAUGAGCAGUCUCCUAAAAGGCGUAAAAUCCUGACUGACCUGCUGCUCAACCUGGAGGACAGAUCUGAGCUGGAGAGCAGAGAGGAGGAUGAAGACUGGUUCAAAGGUAUUGAUGCUCGAUUCAAGACAAAGUCGGCCUACAUGAAGUUCAACUGUGAGAGCAGGAUACGAGGCUACAUGAAGGAGGUGGAUGGUGCCUCCAAAUCCAUACAGAAUGCCAAAGUCAGGGAUGAGUUUCUGAAAGCAUCCAAAUCCCUGGCGGAAACGCUGAAGGCAGCAAGGCACAACGGCUGCUACUUUGACAGGAGCGAAAAGGAACCAAAUCGCCUCUGUACUCGGGAAGGAUGGUUUACCUGCCAGGGAUCAUUUGAGCAGCAAGUGUGCCAGUCUCUCCACUCCAUCAACCCCUACGGCAGCCGAGAGAGCAGGAUUGUCUUCAGCACAUGGAAUCUGGACCACAGGAUAGAAAAGAAGAGGACGGUCAUUCCCGCUCUGCUGGAAGCUCUACAGAAUCACAAGAGCACCGACGUCAACCUGAACUACUUCUACUGCUUGCUGUUCACCAGGGAAAACCUGAAACUGGUUCACAUCGUGUGCCACAAGAAAGGAGCUCACAACCUGCUGUGUGACACCAAGAAGAUUUUUAGACAAGCCGCGAACACACACAAAGCAAAACAGAAGCUCAAAGGGAAGAAGAGGCGCUUGAUGUGAAUAUUUUUGACUCUGCUUUUAUGAAAUGUAUUGAUUUGUAUGAACUGCGACGCCAUAAUUACACAGAUUACAUUCUGUGAAGAAUUUUCUCAAAAGGUUACUGUAGCGAGAUCAGAUGGAC